AUGGCAAAUCCUGCGCCUGAACGCAAACCCACGGCCACGGCCCCGGAUACGGCACCUCCAUCAUGGCGCUCCGAAGAUAACCGAUCUCCCGUGCUCGCACCACACGUCGUCAAAGUCCCAGGUCCGGGUCCGGGUCCGGGUACCUCAACCUCAACCUCCAAUCGUCACAACAACAACCAAACCCAAAUACCAGACGCCAACACGGAAAUCACCCAUCUGUACCUAACCUUCUCCAUCCAACCACCCUCGGCCAACACCACCCUCCGCUCCUCCUCAUUGCCAUCGACCACCGAAAAUGUCCCACCACAACCACCAAACCUCAAACCCUUCACCAACCCCCUCCUCUGGCCCCGCUCCCUAAAGUUAACAAUGCUCACCCUCUCCUGCAUCGCCACCUUUCUCACAGCCUACACAGCAGGCGCCUACUCGCCUCCCCAGCUCCUUUUAUUACAAACCCUCUCCCACGCACACAGCUCAACGGCAAUCCUAGGCGGAAUCUCAACCUUCUGUCUCGGCUUCGCCCUAGCACCCAUGGUCCUAGCCCCCUUCUCGGAAAUGAACGGUCGCUACCCCGUUUUCGUUGUCGCAGGCGUGGUAUUCGUCAUUUUCCAAGCCGUCUGUGGCGUCGUCGACACUUUGGAGGGGAUGCUCAUCGCGCGCUUUUUUCUCGGCGUGGGCGCAAGUGUCUUUUCGACGAUGGUGGGAGGAGUGAUAGCUGAUAUAUGGACGAAAGAAGAAAGAAAUACGCCGAUGGCGCUUUUUAGUGGGGCGGUGUUGAUGGGGACUGGGGCGGGGCCGUUGGUUAGUGCUGUUAUGACGCAGCGCUGGGGGACUUCUAUGGAUGAGGAGACGGGACAAGAAGUGGUGGUGGAGGGAUAUGGAGCGAGGUGGAGGUGGAUUUUUUGGCAUCAAGUCAUUUUGGGGGCGGCGCUGAUGGCGGCGUUGGUGCUGCUGUUUAGGGAGAGUCGGGGGAGUGUGUUGUUGAGUAGGAAGGCGAGGGCGUUGAAUCAGUGGUAUGAGGAGCUGGAAGGGGAAGGGUGGUUUGGGGUUUGGGUUGAUGAGAUGGGUCAAAGUGGGUUGGUGGAUGAGACUGGCGAUGGUAACGGGGUGGACGAGGAAAAGGCUUCAACCACCGGAACGAAAACACUCAGGCGCAUCCGCUGGAAAGUCAAAGAAGACGAAGAACGCUCUUCCCUCACCAACAUGAUCGGCACCUCCGUCUUUCGACCCUUCCACCUCCUCUUCACAGAGCCCGUCGUCUUCUUCUUUUCCCUCUGGGCCGCCUUUGCUUGGGGAGUCCUCUACCUCACCUUUGGUUCUAUUCCGCUUGUGUUUCGUCGACAGUACGGUUGGAAUAUCGAGCAAGCUGGACGAGUCUUUGUCGCUAUGAUCGUUGGCGCCAUACUCGCGACGGCUAUUGGGAUCUGGCAAGAGAAGAUGUUGCAUCAUCCUAAGUGGAAAGCUGCUCCUGCUGUCGCCCCUGAUACUCUGGCCACCACCACCACCAGCAGCUCAUCUUCGUCGUCAUCAGCCUCAGACACUGAAAACCCCAACGCCCUUCCUUGCUCCGAACCCAAAUCCACCCCCUCCCCUAACUCCUCUUCAUCCUCCACCUUCCCCUGGCCCUUUCUCAGAUCUCACUUCCCCACCACCUCCCCAGAAUCCCGCCUUUACUUCACCUGCCUAACCUCCACUUUACUCCCAAUCGGCCUUUUCAUCUUCGGCUUCACCGCUCGCCCAUUGAUCCACUGGAUCGCGCCCACCAUCGGAAUCGGCAUCGCCACCAUGGGUAUUCUUUCCGUUUAUUUAGCGGUAUUCAAUUACUUGGCAGAUACGUACCAUCGAUAUGCGAGCUCGGCGCUGGCGGCGCAGAGUUUUUGUAGGAAUAUUCUGGGCGGGGUUUUCCCGUUGGUUACGGCGCCGUUGUUUAAUAAUUUGGGGGAACGAAAGGCGACGGCUAUUUUGGGUGGUGUGGCGGUUGGGUUGACGGCUGUGCCGUGGGUGUUGGUUUGGUGUGGGAGUUGGGUGAGGGGACGGAGUAGGUUUGCUAGGGAAUUGGAGGGGUGA